AUGACUGCCGGAACCACCAUCAGAGUGCCGCAUCUCGGCGGAAUCGAUGCCGGCUACCGUCUUUCCAACGGUGCCGUCGACCCCGCCAAGCCUACCGUCGUGCUCAUCAACUCCAUGUGCAUGACUUCAGCUCUGUACGACAUUCAGUUCGGCAACAAGGCUCUCACUGACGUUGCCAACCUGCUCGCCAUUGAGCCUCUUGGCCAUGGAGCCACUGAGACCAAGGCAGAGAACUACACCUACUGGGACACGGCCAUCAUGGCCGUCCAGGUCCUGGAUGCUCUCAACAUCAAGAAGGCUUUUGCCCUCGGAACCAGCCAGGGAGGCUGGAUUGUCACCAGAAUGGCUCUUGUAGCCCCCGAGAAGAUCCAGGGUCUCUUGCUCCUGGGCACUUCGCUCGACUACGAGUCCGAUGCCUCCCGUCAAAAGGGAUGCUGGGAUCCCGCAACUAUGCUGGGUCCGGUUGUGGACAGCCUGUAUAGCACUGAGCCGACCCCGGAUUUCCUCAUUGACGCAGGUCUGCGCGAGAGCGUCGUUACCCUUGGAUUCUCGGGAACCGUCACAGAGGAGACAGCACAGUUCUGGAGAGACACUCUCAACAGCAUAUACACCGGUGAUGAAGGACGAAAGAAGCUGCGUGGUGCCUUCACCAACCUCUUGGAGAGAGAUGGUCUGCUGAGACGGGUGAGGGACAUCAAGUGCCCUGUCUACUGGAUUCAGGGCAACCAGGAUCUCGUGUAUGGCGUCGACGUACCAAAGGACCACAUCAAGGCCUUCUCGGGAUCAGUAGAGACCGAUCUAUCCUUUACUGACGGCGGUCAUUACUUGAAUGCCACUUCCCCCAAGGACGUGGACGCAAAGCUGCUGCAGCUGAUUAACAAAUAUUCUGCGUUGUAA